AUGGAUGGGGGUUUUAUACCACUUUUAGAAGAAUCAGCUCAAGUUGCUGCCCUUGGUUGUGGAGUCCUUGUUGGCACUGAGGCCGCAGCAGUCAUGGUCAACUUACUUCACCUUGUGUGUGACCACUGGGUUUAUGUACUUGUCCCUAUGGGAUUUGUCUUUGGAUGUUAUCUAGACAGAAAGAAUGAUGAAAAGCUAACUGCCUUCUGGAAUAGGAGUAUGUUAUUUAAAAGGGAAUUGAGAUCCAGUGAAGAAGUUAUCUGA